GGCAAUUUCCAUUUCCGAGAUUGCCUCUGCGCGUACACAUCGCGAUGCACCAACUGGCACUGCAGCGCGCCGAGGAGGGCGACUGGGCCGAGCUCGCCGACCUCGCCGAGAACCUCCCGCACUCGAUCAUGGUGGCCGACGAGUUUGGCAUGCUGCCGCUGCACUGGGCGGUGACCGAGCCCGCGGUGCCCCUGAGUAUCCUCGAGCUGCUCAUCAAGGUCUUUCCCGAAGCGUGCGAAACCAAGAACCUCUCUGGCAUGCUGCCGCUCCACGUGGCCAUCACCAACAAGCUGCCAGCGCUGCAUCUCAACGUGCUCGUGCUGGCGUGCCCGGACGCCGUCUUUGUCAAGAGCGGCGACGGCUACUUUCCCGCCGAGCUCGCCCGAAAGCACCGCUUGCCCGAGCACAGCGUCAACGUGCUCAAAAAGUCAGUGUCGCUCCCAGACCGCCGCGCCAGCCUCGGCGCUCGCAUGAGCAGCAUUGGCAGCAGCCUCAACCGGCGUGGCUCGAUUUUGCGGUCCGAGUCUGGCCCGCUCUCGCGCACCCCGUCGGUCGAUACCAGUCUCAAGAGCUACGCGCGCAGCCGGCGAAGUCCGAGCCAAGCAUCGACGAUGAGCUCGCACAGCGCGUUUGACAGUCAGCGAACAAUGCCGUCGUACGUCGGCAGCUCGGCGUCACUCGCGUCGCUCGACGCGCCCGAGUCGGACGAUACGAUCGACGACAUUUCGAGCGACCUGCGCGACCUCACGGGGCAGCUCGCGCAACUCGGCGCCGCGUUGCGCUCGGCGCCUGCUCCGUCGGCGACCCACAGCGUACUCUGGAACCCUGGCGACCGCCUCGGGAUGGCGCUCGUUGGCGACGAGAACGACAUUGGCGCGCGCAUCAAGCGCUUCACGGGCGGCAGCGAGGCCCUCGGCAUCGACGCCUUGCGCACGGGCGACGUGCUCAUGGCCGUCAACGACAUCAGCGUCGCGACGGUCCCGUUCGGAACGAUCUGCAAGUUUCUCAAGAAGACCAACGUGACGUGCAAGCUGACCUUUCUGCGGCCAGAGAGCCCAAGUACCGACGACGACGAGCACGAGCUGCACUACGUUUCGACGUCGUCGACGGGCUCGGACUCGGAGACUCUGCCACCAGCGUACAGCAAGAUGGCCUCGAUGCUCGAAGAGACCAUGGUCAAGGUCCAGAGCGUCGAGGACCUCUUGCGCUUGAGCUCCGUCAUGGCCGUCUAAUAACUUAUACUAGAACACGAACGGGCGUGGUUGCCCAAACAUACGAAAGAUGAUUUAACAUAUUUACUCGCCAUCGUUUU